AUGUACGCGGAUGGGAACGAGCAAGUGCGGCUGGACAUCCGUGCAUUGAGUGGGAAGCAAAUCCUCGAGGUGUCCAUUGCACGAAACUCUACUGGAGAGGAGCUGCAUAGACUGGUGAAUGAGGAAGGAGACAGUUUGGCCUUUCAAUGGCAGCUGGUGCAUCGGAAUGCUCCCCUGAAGAUGGGACCUUUGGAGUUCACCGAUGGUGAGGUCAUUGUUGCAACGCUCCAGCCCUGCCUCAAUUCCUUGGAUUUGGAGGCACGGUCAUUCUGCAUGCUGAGCAUUGCUGAGCUGCUGAGCAUUGCAUGUGACGAGGUUCAUCCCCUGAAAUGCGGCGAGUUCCGUUUGCCGAAGUGCUACCAGAAGGUGGCUGACGCAUCUUUUGGAAAGGACUGCACAGUUCAGGCGCACAUGUCACGUACACUACAGAUGCAGACGCAGGUGUUUCUGCGAAAAGUUCCUGGCAAUUUCCAUGUGGCCGAGAACGCAUUCAACGAAUAUUCGUUCUUGAAGAAGGCAUCCAACGUGAAUGUCAUUCGCAUGUGGGAUGCUUUUAUCGCUACAGAUGGUCGCGGUCUUGGCGCUGAUGCUCUGAGCGUCAAGGCAUCGCAGCCAUUCGUUUUGCUUCGCAUUGGCCGAGGAGAAUCGAAGGAAUGCGAAGUCGUCACAGUUUUUGAAACGAUGGAUGUGACGCUCGAGAAGUUUCUGAAAGACUUUGGACGCCUAGGGGAUUUGAAUUAUUGUGACUAUUUCCUGUGCAAUGUGGCUAUGGGAUUGCACUACAUUCACGCUGCUGGAGUAGCACAUGGCGACAUUUGCCCGGCGAAUGUUUGGCUGAAUCGCAACGAUGACGUCAAGUUGGCAGGCUUUCAGCACCUUCAUCCAGCGGAUCCAGCUCCACCAGAUUCGUCCGCAGAAUUCUUCGAUUUUGCCACGAAAUCUAUCCAGUAUGCAGCGCCCGAGGUCUUGCGAAAGGAAUCCUUUGGUGGCGCACAGGCGGAUUUGUUUGGUCUCGGUUGUAUUUUGGUCGACUUCCUAUUGAAGAGAAUACACCGGUUGGCGCCAUGGAUCCAGGAGCUUUCUGAAGAGGUUGGUUGCAGUGCCGAUAGGAAUUCAGGAGUCCUUUCGUGGGAACAUUGUGCAUUGAAGCGUCUGUGAGAAAAGUAGGUACUGUAGCCACCAGCUUGGAUAGAGCGGAAGAGCUUCGGUUUGAGUGCGCUGUUGAACCAAAGUUACCAACUGCUCAACGUUUGUUGAGCCAUUUGACGAUAGCCAGUUGUGGUGUUGGAUUGCCCCAGUGAAACUUAAGCCUUGCCUUGGCACCUGAAUGUUGACAAGCUUGGCAUGCGACUGCAGGGCCAGUCGGUGUAGCCACCAGCUUGGAUAGAGCGGAAGAGCUUCGGUUUGGGCCAGCUGGGUGAGAAAACUACUGAGGAAACUGCUGCCAAAUGCCAGCUUUGCUGAGGCAAAACCGGUGACCACAGCGAGCUGAGGAAAACUGUGGUUGUGCCAGUGCGGUGAGUACCAAC